AUGGAAAUCCAGCGAAGUAACUGCGCAAUAGAUGCUGUCAGCUUCUUCUUGUCGAUAGUCACUGCGGACAAAAAAAAACAGAGCCAGCUGGAGACGAUCACAAAAUGGCCGCCGCUUGGCUUCACUUCCUCCAAAAUAUUUACGCCUUUGUCUGAACUCUCCAAACUUCUUCUCUCUUUUAGCAGUCUGGCUGCCAAAAUUUCGAGGAAAAAUCACAAAUGGCUAGGUAUGAUAAAAAUAUCGGAUUCACUUUAUUAUUUUAAAUAA